AUCUUACGGAGGCCGAAUGCUUUACGGUAGAAAAGCUCAAAAAAGAGGGCAUGUUUGCUGCCAAAAUUGCAUGCAUCCUUGAUAGAUCAGAUACUUCUGUUAAAAACUGUCUUAAACGAUUACGUUUAACUGAUAAUUCUAGUUAUCUUAAAAGAAAGUCUAGUGGUAGAAAACUACUUGUGAAUAAGCGUUAUGAACGUUUAAUUAUAAGAAAACCCCAAGCCAAGGAACAUAAAAAUUGGACUAAAGAAGAUUGGCAACAUGUUUUAUGGACUGACGAAUCAUCUGUUAGCACUGACUCAAAUAGAAAAUUUCGAGUUUGGCAUCACAAAGAAGAAGUAUAUGAUCAAAGUUGUACACAAGCAACUGUUAAAAGUG